AUGCAUACAACGAUUACUGCGGCCUCUCUUGUGCACACCCUCUCUGUAUCCACGAUGUUACUCAGUGACCCGAGGAGUUCCACAACCUCCACAGGGCAAGCCAACGCCUGUCUCACUUUCAAUCUCAACUCCAAAGGCCUUCAAAGGCUCUCGCAAUGGUAUUUUGACAAUGACUGCAAUUCGACCUCUUCAGUAACCAUCAUGGUCAACAUACUACGAAAGACCCAAGGAGUUUCUGAACCUGGUGCUAUCCCAUAA